UCUUAUCUUAUCUACACUCCUCUCUUCAUCUUCAGACCAACUACCCUCAUUCCCAUUUCACUGUUAACCAUGGCUGAAACUCUUGCAAAUGAACUCCUCAAAGUUCUUGUUAAGAAGAUGACCGAUGAAGCCUUCAAGCGAAUUGCUCGUGCUCAGGGUAUUCACAACGAGCUCAAGGAGUUGAAGACCACACUGUCCAGAAUCCAAGAUCUGCUUACCGAUGCUUCCCAGAAGGAGGUGACUCAUAAAUCUGUCAAAUCAUGGCUGAAUGCUCUCCAACAUUUGGCUUACGAUAUCGAUGACGUACUCGACGAUUUGGCUACCGAAGAAAUGCAUCGUGAGCUCACCCUGCAGGAACCUGCAGCAUCCACCAGCAAGGUAAGAAAGCUCAUCCCAUCAUGCUGCACAAAUUUCUCACUAACUCAUAGGCUGUCUCCCAAGUUAGAUCGUAUUAACAGAGAGUUAGAAAAUCUAGAAAAACGAAAAACGGAUCUAGGUUUGCUUAAGAUUGAUGAGAAGCCAAGAAAUACUAGUAGAAGAAGCGAAACCUCUUUGCCAGAACGCGAUGUUGUCGGAAGAGAAGUUGAGAAAGAGCAAUUGCUUAAAAAGUUGCUGGGGGAUGAUGAUGGGUCAUCUCAGGAUAACUUUAGCGUCUUACCUAUAGUUGGUAUGGGUGGGGUUGGAAAAACCACUCUCGCUAGACUUUUGUAUAAUGAUACAAAGGUGCAGGAUCACUUUGAACCCAAGGCAUGGGUUUGUGUUUCAGAUGAUUUUGAUAUCUUCAAGAUAACUGAUGCUAUCCUUCAAGAUGUGACUAAAGAAAACAAUAAAUUUAAAGAUCUAAAUCAGCUUCAAAAGGCCCUCACUGAGCAAUUUAAGGACAAACGAUUUCUACUAGUAGUUGAUGAUGUAUGGAGUGAAAACUAUGGUGAUUGGGAAAACCUAGUGCGCCCAUUUCUAUCAUGUGCUCCUGGAAGUAGGAUAAUCAUGACAACUCGUAAGGAGCAAUUGCUCAAACAGAUAGGUUUUCAUAAUGUAGACCGUCUCAAGAGUUUGUCGAAUGAAGAUGCAUUGCGUUUAUUCGCAGUACAUGCAUUGGGGGUAGAUAACUUCGACUCACACACGACACUUAAACCGCAAGGUGAAGGUAUUGUGAAAAAGUGUGGUUGUCUGCCUUUGGCUUUAAAGGCAAUUGGAAGGCUUUUAAGGACAAAAACAGAUAGAGAAGACUGGGAUGACGUGUUGAAUAGCGAGAUAUGGGAUGUAGAAACUGGUAAUGCCACUGAAAAUGCUAAAGAUGUGGAAAAUAGUGAUAAGAUUGUUCCGGCACUUAGGAUAAGCUACCAUGAACUUUCUGCAGAUUUGAAGCAGUUGUUUGCAUACUGUUCCUUGUUCCCCAAAGACUUUUUGUUUGACAAGGAGGAGUUGGUAUCAUUGUGGAUGGCAGAAGGGUUUUUGAACCCAUCUAAGUCACCAGAACGCUUGGGCCGUGAAUAUUUUGAAAUUUUAUUCUCAAGGUCAUUUUUCCAACAUGCACCUAAUGAUGAAUCAUUGUUUAUCAUGCAUGAUCUGAUGAAUGACUUGGCCACUUUUGUUGCCGGAGAAUUUUUUCUAAGGUUUGACAAUCAUAUGAAGACAAAGACAGAAACUUUGGCAAAGUAUCGCCAUAUGUCAUUUACUCGCGAGAAGUAUGUAGGUUACCAAAAGUUUGAGGCAAUCAAAGGAGCCAAAAGCUUGAGAACAUUUUUAGCAGUAUCUCUCAGUGUGGAUCCAAGUUGGAACUACUUUUUCUUAUCUAAUAAGAUUCUGGUUGACUUACUUCCUAGCUUAACAUUAUUAAGGGUUCUUUCUUUGAGUCGUUUUCAAAUAACUGAGGUACCAGAGUUCAUCGGUAGUUUGAAGCACUUGCGGUAUCUUAAUUUUUCUAGAACUAGAAUCAAAGUGUUACCGGAGAACAUUGGCAAUCUCUAUAAUUUGCAGACAUUGAUUGUUUUCGGUUGCAAAAGUUUGACUAAGUUGCCUGAAAGCUUCUCGAAGCUUAAAAAGUUGCGACAUUUUGAUAUAAGGGAUACUCCGCUUUUGGAGAAGCUGCCAUUAGGGAUUGGUGAGUUGGAAAGCCUACAGACUCUCACCAAUAUCAUCAUUGAAGGAGAUGAUGGCUUUGCAAUAAAUGAGCUCAAGGGAUUAACAAAUCUCCAUGGGAAAGUUUCCAUUGAGGGAUUGCACAAAGUGCAAAGCGCAAAGCAUGCACGGGAGGCGAACUUAUCUCAAAAAAAGAUUACUGGAUUAGAGCUGCAAUGGGUUGAUGUGUUUGAUGGCUCACGAAUGGAUACACUUGAAGAGGAAGUUCUCAAUGAGCUGAAACCUGAUAGUGAUGCGUUGAAAACACUUUCAGUCGUGUCAUACGGGGGAACACAAAUUUCAAAUUGGGUUGGUGAUCGCUCUUUUCAUGAGUUGGUUAAAGUGUCAAUACGUGGUUGUAAAAAAUGCACAUCUCUACCCCCAUUUGGGUUGCUCCCUUCACUUAAGUGGUUGCAGAUUCAAGGCAUGGAUGAGGUUAAAAUCAUAGGUUUGGAGUUAACCGGAAAUGAUGUUAAUGCCUUCCGCUCACUUGAAGUUCUAAUAUUUCAAGAUAUGUCUGUUUGGGAGGGGUGGUCAACUAUAAAUGAGGGUUCAGCAGCAGUGUUUACGUGCCUUAAAGAGCUUUAUGUAAGUAAUUGUCCACAAUUGAUUAAUGUCUCACUUCAAGCACUGCCUUCACUCAAGGUUCUUAGAAUUGGCAGAUGUGGUGAUGAUGUGUUGAGAAGUCUGGUUCAGGUAGCUUCUUCAGUCACUGAGUUGAGAAUAAGUGAUGUAUCAGGGCUUACAAAUGAGGUGUGGAGAGGAGUUAUAAGGUAUCUUAAGGAAGUUGAAGAAUUAAGUAUCGGGGGAUGUAAUGAAAUAAAAUACUUGUGGGAAUCAGAAACAGAGGCAAGUAAGCUUCUUGUGAGAUUAAAGGAACUGAGAUUAGAGUUUUGUUCAGGUUUGGUAAGUUUAGAAGAGAAAGAGGAGGAUGACAAUUUUGGGAGCAGCACCGGCCUGUUAUCUCUUAGAAGGUUGUAUGUAAAGUAUUGUAGUAGCAUAAAGCGUUUAUGCUGUCCAAAUAGCAUUGAGAGUUUGGAUAUUGAAGCUUGUUCAGUUAUUACAGAUGUCUACCUCCCAAAAGAAGGAGGGAAUAAGCUCAAAUCACUUCGUAUAAGAAAUUGUGAUAAACUUGAGGGAAAAAUCAACAACACAAGCAUGCCAAUGCUUGAAACCCUACGUAUUUAUAAAUGGGAAAAUCUAAGAUCAAUCAGUGAAUUGAGUAACUCCACUCACCUCACCAGCGUGGAUAUAAUACGAUGCCCACAUAUGGUGUCACUUCCAGAGCUUCAGCUAUCAAACCUCACCCGUUUGGGAAUUGGUAAAUGUGAAAAUCUUGAGUCAUUACCCGAGCUAUCAAACCUCACCAGUUUGUCAAUUUGGACAUGUGAAAGUCUGGAGUCAUUACCUGAACUAUCAAAUCUCACCUUUUUGUCAAUUAGUGAUUGUAAACGUCUGGUGUCAUUACCUGAGCUAAAGAAUCUCGCCUUGUUAAAAGAUCUGAAAAUCAGAAGGUGUCCAGGCAUUGAUGUUUCCAUUCAUGGUGGGUGUUGGCCUCCCAAAUUGUGUUCCCUUGAACUAGAAGGGUUGAAGAAGCCCAUAUCAGAGUGGGGGGAUCUGAAUUUUCCAACUUCUCUUGUUGACCUAACGUUAUAUGGUGAACCCCAUGUGAGUGAUUUUAGUCAAUUGUCCAACCUUUCCCCUUCUUCUCUUACAUCUCUGGACAUAACUGGAUUUGAUAAACUGGAAUCACUAUCAAUAGGACUCCAACACCUCACAUCCCUUCAACAUCUGGCCAUUUUCAGCUGCCCAAAGGUGAACGAUCUACCAGAGACGCUGUUACCUUCACUUUUGAGUUUGAGAAUAGAAGAAUGCCCAAAAUUGAAAGAAAGGUGUGAAGGAAGAGGCUCCCACUACUGGCCCCGAAUCUCUCAUAUCCCCAAAAUCGAAAUUGAAGACUAAUUGAAAGAAAGUCACUGAAAACAGAUUUCCUGUCGUAAAUACCAAAUCACCGGAUGUAAAACGACAUCGUACCCCCAUCUUCACACAUCAUAUCGGAUUUAUAAAGCUAUCACAGCCGGUGACUUCGUCGACAGCUGUAACUUUCCGGCGACCCGUCUUCGAACCGCUGCUCACACCCUCAGGUAACAAUUAGCAUCGUCAAACCUCUAAUUAACCCAUCUUCGAACCUGAAAUCACUUUCAAUGGGACUCCUGGAGUCACUUUCAAUGGGACUCCUGGAGUCUGACUCCGACACCUCACAUCCCUUCAACAUCUCACCAUUUACAGUUGCCCGAAGGCGAACGAUCUACCAGAGACGCUGUUAUCUUCACUUUUGAGUUGGAGCAUAUAUGAUGAUUGCCCAAAAUUGA